GAGGCGGGGCCACCCGGCCUGCUGGGCUCUCUCCGGAGCCUGGAGGGCGGGGCUGCCCGACUCCGAGCUGCAGGGGGCGGCGGCCCAGGCCAGUUUGGUUGCAGGAUGAACAGAGGCAAGGAAGGAGGCAGCUUCUUGACGGACCCCUGGUCAGGGAGCAGCAGGCAGGUUUGCAUGACCAACUGCCCGACGCUCAUUGUCAUGGUGGGGCUGCCUGCCAGGGGCAAGACCUACAUCUCUAAGAAGCUGACCCGCUACCUGAACUGGAUUGGCGUGCCCACGCGGGAAUUCAACGUUGGCCAGUAUCGCCGGGACAUGGUCAAGACAUACAAGUCUUUUGAGUUUUUCCUUCCAGACAAUGAAGAGGGCCUGAAAAUCAGGAAGCAGUGUGCCCUGGCAGCCCUCCGAGAUGUUCGGCGGUUCCUUAGUGAGGAGGGGGGGCAUGUGGCGGUUUUUGAUGCAACAAAUACCACCCGAGAACGGAGAGCGACCAUCUUUAAUUUUGGGGAACAGAAUGGCUACAAGACCUUUUUCGUUGAGUCCAUCUGUGUGGAUCCUGAGGUCAUAGCUGCCAACAUCGUGCAAGUGAAACUGGGCAGCCCUGACUAUGUCAACCACGACAGCGAUGAGGCCACGGAGGAUUUCAUGAGGCGCAUCGAGUGCUAUGAGAAUUCAUAUGAGUCGCUGGACGAGGACCUGGACAGGGAUCUGUCCUAUAUCAAGAUCAUGGACGUGGGGCAGAGCUACAUCGUGAACCGCGUGGCUGACCACAUCCAGAGCCGCAUUGUGUAUUACCUCAUGAACAUCCACGUGACGCCCCGCUCCAUCUACCUCUGCCGGCAUGGGGAGAGCGAGCUCAACCUCAAGGGCCGGAUUGGCGGGGACCCAGGACUGUCCGCCCGGGGCAGGGAGUUUGCCAGGAGUCUGGCCCAGUUCAUCAGGGAUCAGAACAUCAAGGACCUAAAGGUUUGGACAAGCCAGAUGAAGAGGACAAUCCAGACGGCUGAGGCCCUGGGUGUGCCUUAUGAGCAGUGGAAAGUUCUCAACGAGAUUGAUGCGGGCGUCUGUGAGGAAAUGACUUACGAGGAAAUUCAGGAUCAUUAUCCACUGGAAUUUGCCCUGCGAGACCAGGACAAGUACCGGUACCGGUACCCCAAGGGGGAGUCCUAUGAGGACCUGGUCCAGCGACUCGAGCCUGUCAUCAUGGAGCUGGAGCGGCAAGAGAACGUGCUGGUCAUCUGCCACCAGGCUGUGAUGCGCUGCCUCCUGGCCUACUUCCUUGACAAGGCAGCAGAACAGCUGCCUUACCUCAAGUGUCCGCUGCACACGGUCCUGAAGCUGACCCCCGUGGCUUAUGGUUGUAAAGUGGAGUCCAUAUUCCUGAAUGUGGCGGCUGUGAACACGCACCGAGACAGGCCUCAGAAUGUAGACAUCUCUCGGCCUCCGGAGGAAGCCCUUGUCACGGUCCCUGCUCACCAGUGACCGUGUGUCGUCCACUGCAACCCCCGGGCAGGUGUUGAUCUCUGUGGACGAGGUCAUUCCAGGCCCUCUGGUCUGUGUGACAGUCACCACACAGGAACACCCUCAAAGCCAUGCAUGGCUGGUGGCACCCAGAAUCCCAGUCCCAGCCCACCUGUUUCCUUGUUGACAGUGUCAGGGUUGUAUGCGGUGCCCAACCUGCUGCUAAAAACCACUUGGCCUGACUGCGUCUGCACCGGGCUGGUGAGAGGUUUCCCAGCCCCUGAUCCUUCUGUUCUCUCUCACCGGCCUGGUGGGCUUCGUGAAGUGUGAAACCCAAAAAUGUGAAACGGAAAGCACUUGCUGUGAUGUUUCCACCCACUGAGGCCGAGCUGCCUGGGUAGACCUGGGGACCCCUGCCAGGGCUCUGCUACACUCUCUUUGGCCACUUCCUGAGCCAGAGGCAAGGUGUUCAUGAGCUGCUGCUGCCUCAGUACGCGGGAAAGAGCCAUCCCCGUCCUGCCUCACCAGGAACUGAAGAGCUUCCGCCAAGGCAGCCACCUCCACUGGCCAGACCCUUGAGUCUGUGCGUCUGCAUUUGUGGACGCUCAGGAAAGCAGUGUGUUCACUUCAGCACAUGGGAAUUCACAGAAACAUGCAGGGAGCGGGGUGUUUGCGAUUACUCCUUCCCAAUUAUGCCUACACUGGAAUGAAUACUCGUGGGAGCUGGCAGCCAAGGCCACCCCUCUCCAACUGCUCUCAUGGUGCAACACGUAAAGAAAGAUGUGAAGACGGGACAGUUGUAGGAGUCGCCCUUCCCAGUGCUCGAGGGAGAGGCUGCCCUCCCAUCUUCCUCUCCCGGCCAUGCCACUGGGCUACCUUGCCCGCCGCUGCCUGUGUCCACACAAGAGUAUACACUGGUGGCAGGGACCUGCAUUUGCUGUGAAGGAUUCGGAAAAGCUUGCAUGGUCCUGCAAAGCCUGUCCUGGCGUUUGUUGACCUCUACCCGCGGAACUAAGUAUGGGAAAGCCCAGAGCUGGAGGCAGCCUCUGGCCAGGGCAGGAAUUUCCCAGCUUCUGAUUCUUGUACACAGGAGCCUGAUGAAAAUGACCUCGGGAAGCCUGCCAUCUGUCACGCCCCUGAGUUCUUUUGGGCCCAGGGAGUUGGGCUGGGCCGCGGGUUCCGGCUCCAUUUUGUAGCUGGGAGAACAGGCUGGCCAGCAAGUUGUGAGGCUGGGUGAGGAAGCGUGUGGAUUUGUAGUUGGAUGUGCUGCUGUCCACAGGUGGUGGUCCUUGGUGAAGUCAGGCCCGAGGAUCCUGUGUCCCUGGCCCAGGCUGAUGAUCUCUCGGCCUCGAGUGCCGCAGCAGUUAUGGACAGACAUGGGUGGAGAGAUAUCCAGGACAGAGCCGUGGCAGUACCCUCCUUCUGGACUUAUCUCCUGUCAGAGCCCCAGGCCCCUUAGACCCAGGGCCAGAGGACCACGCUACUGCCUUUGGGAUGUGGGGACUGCAGCCUUUGCUUCCAUGUCCGCCAGAGUAUUGGUGACUUUUGGUCAUGCUCAGUUGUUGGCCAUAGCAGGUCCCUUUGGUCAGCGGCACGUACAUCUGGAUGUCACCACCUCUCCAAGACCUCAGGCUGGCUGAGGUGAGACCAGCGAGGCCUUUUCUCUCUGUCCAGAGGGCAGCCAGGAGCUACUGGAGAUGUGUAACAAGGACUGGGAUGGGGCAGAGGGAAGUGUGGGAUCCCAGCAGGGCUCACCCGGAGCCGGCUCUGCAUGGGCAGCCAUCCACCUGGCUGGCUGCCCGGUUGUAGCCAGGACGGUUGAUGUGCUCCUGUUGCAGACAUGUUUCCUGCUCGCCCUGGAAUGGAUGUUGUUGGAUCUCAGCCACAUAUCACACUGUGUCCAACAUUCUUUGCAAUAAAUACUUUUUUAAAAAAGAACAA